CUGCAGCCUUUCUUUGUGUCAGUGGACUCAAUCACACACGAAGGGACAAAACAGAACAGACGACUACACACGCACUAGAUAAACCUCACCUAAGUGUCAGGAUUUUCAAGCUCCUUUUGGAUUUGGGAGCUGUGAGCACUGAGGGCGUCAUUAGAGACAUUUUCAGAAGCAAAAUGGAAACUGUUUUGUUUCUGCUGCCGAGAGGAAUUCAUUAGCUGGGAUUACGGCGACACUUUGACAAGUUGAAGUGAUGCAGACUGGAAAAGUAUGAUGCCGCUUCACCCUCAAUAAUCAAGAUUCAAAUCAAGAACAUGUCUGAGAUGGCUGUCAGCCCUAUAAUCAUCUGCCUCCUAUCACUGAUUGGCUAUGGUUCAUCCCACCCCUCUUCUCCUCCUCGGGGAUGCAGUGAGGAUGUGGACCCUCCGUACAGAGUGCUGUGUGACCUGGAGUCGGUCUGGGGAGUGGUUCUGGAGGCCGUGGCUUGCAGCGGUGGUCUCACCUCUCUGGUAAUCACUGUCCUCCUGCUUGUCAAGCUGCGCUCUAUUUCUGACCCCGCCAGGCGCUCCGGCAUGGGGCCUCUUCUUCUGCUCCUUGGCACGCUUCUCGGCCUUUUCUCCAUCUCUCUGGCUUUCCUGGUGGGGAAGAACCAGGCGCUCUGUGUGGUCCGCAGGGCCUUCUGGGGGCCUCUCUUUGCCCUCUGCUUCUCCAGUUUGCUCGUGCAGGGUGUGAGGCUCAGGAGGCUGGUGGCUGGCAAGACAAGCCCAUCGGGCAGCACCCUGGCAGCGCUUGGCCUGGCCUUGGCCUUGGUUCAGGGCAUCAUCUCUGCUGAAUGGGUCCUGCUGACUGUUGUCAGGGAGGGUCACCCGGCCUGCGAAUAUCCACCUUUGGACUUUGCUCUGACAUGCAGCUACACCCUGGGGCUGCUCCUCAUAGCCAUGGGGCUUUCUCUGGGGGUAGUGCUCUGUGGAGGAGAGUUUGGGGACGAAGGAGGAGGUGGAAAUGAAGAAGACAGAGAAGGAGAGAGUGAAAAACGGAAAUGGAAGUGUAAUGCUGUGUGGCUCUUCCUGUCCAGUCUGGCUUCAGCAUUGCUGUGGGUGGCCUGGCUGGGGUUUUAUCUUUACGGCAGCCAGGCUUUGAGGGGAAAGGGGAAAGGAGAAAGGUUAGGUGGUGGAGGGAAGAAAGAUGUCAAAGUGCUGGAUGAGCCUGCGCUGGCGGUGGCCCUGGUUAUUCAGGGAUGGAUCCUGCUGCUGUUCCAUGCCAUUCCAGAGGCGCACCUGUGUCUCCGAAAUCCUCCACAGUCCAUCACGCAAGAUUUCUUCGACACCAGUCACACGUCCCCUCCUCCACAUUUUGGAGAUGAGCUCCCUGCACGCUCUCACCGACCCUUCCCAGAAAACCAACCAACCUUUUCUAUGGAGGAGCACAGUGCAACUCUCCGGAGUGGAACGUACCACAGCAGCCAAGGGAGUGUGCGUCCUGGCAUAGCCUUCAGAGGUCAUGUGUACCAACCCACUGAGAUGGCUCUGGUCAUGAACGGUGGCACGAUGCCCACAGCCCCAAUUAACUACACUGGACGCCGGUUAUGGUAAUGUCGGACACGGCUUGAAGAGGAUAUAUCUGAGUCACUCUUGUGAUGAGGAAUUUGAUGUUGCCUGACGAGAAGAUGGAAAUAUUAAAGACAUCACAUUGGAUUUGAUAGGAGCUAAAUAUCUUUAAUGUAUUUGUGUUUCUGCUCACGUGUAUGAAUUUGACAUUUUAAAAACAAAUUGUAAUAGUAUUUGUGCUUGAAUUUUCUUGAUUGCCUUUUGAUCAAAUAACUUUAAUCACUGGACAUGAAAUCAAAAGGGAGGGAAGAGAAAGUGUUGUGGCUUCCAUAGUUAAGGACAUUUCCUCCCUAAGUGACUGCGUUUCAGGUGCAAUACUUUGAUGAGAGGUGUAGAAACAGGGCUAAUGUUUAAUGUAUCAAAACUCAGUGUCCAGUGUGACACUGAAUGAGACAGGGGCAGAGUUAUGAUAACAGGAGGAUUUGAAUGUAGUUAAGAGAACAUUUUGCUUGAGCAGUGCUAAUCCAGCGCUGUUACUUGUUACCUUCCUGAUCAUCGGGGUUACUUACUUAGUAAAAAAUGUCCUUCUCUUUCUGUUUGGAAUGAGGCUACACCUAAGAAAGAAACCUGUCAGGACGUUUAUGUAAAUUUCCUGCAUACGCCCACAAAGCUUGCUUGGCCUCAGUGUUUCACACUGAAAAAAGGACUUCCACAGUGUUUCUCUCCUCCAUUCUAUUCUCAGUGCUAUCGGCCGUUUGGUACAUUUCACUGGGCCUCUUGAUAAAUGUCAUGUAUUUAACAGCUAGUGCCGGUGUCUGGGGGAUUUUCAAGUGAUUUAUAAGGUUUAAGAUGAAUCUAUAGGAAAUCUAGUUUUUUUUAUAAGCAUAUCUUAAAAAGCCAUUUAAUACUGCAAUAGCUACUCUGUAGUAUAGGGGUUACUGCUGGAGAAUGUGAUUUUGCACUUUAUUAGCGCUGAUCUUGUCUGGGCAUUGUGAUAUUUGAGAUGCAUGUGGAAGUACAGUUUAAAGGUCCUGUAUUUUUGUCAGAUUUAAUGUAUUUUGAAUGUUUUCUAAAAUUUUGAUAUAUAUUUAUACAUAUAUAUUGGAGAAAAUAACGUUUUUUGUGUUGAGUUUCAAAGCAGAUUAUUGACAGUUGACAAAACAAUCCAAAAUGGAAAAUCAAAAGUGCCCAUAUUUCAGCCAUUUAAAGAUUCGUCAUUUUAAUUUGGGGGUCUACAAUAACAAGUUUACAUGCUGUGAUGGUCAAAGUAUUUAUAUUUGUUACAUACCAUAGAUAUUGCUGCAGUGCCUCUUCUCAUACUCUGUCUGAAAUGCUACAUCUAGCUUUUGGCCCACCUCCCAAAAAGCUCAGUCUGCUCUGAUUGGUCGGCAGGCCAACUCUUUUGAAAUUGGUCAGCCGCUCAUAGUGAUGAGCUGUAAACUCAACUGCAGCAAUGGCAACAAUCAUGUUGAGCCAAGUUAGUAGGCAGAUAAACAUGUUACCUGGUAACACAGGUACUUUACUGUAAACAAGCCAGGAAUGCAACCCAGGAAUUUUAGGCACUUCAGGAGCUAAGUUCUCUGGCAUAGAGGUAAAUACCUUUGCCACAGACUUUGGCCUCUGUAACUUAGAAGACACACUAAAGGAAAGGAACACCUGAAAAGGAUAUUAUGGCCAUUUUAAAUAUCUACAAUUUAAUGACAAAGGGUAAAUCCUAUCUGCAGAGGAAGGUCAUGUGAUACGUUUUAAAGUUUGGUCAAAUUUGCUAAAUAGACCUUGAGUUUGGGAUGUUUUGUCAAGAAGUGUCAGUGUGUUUUCCCUGAAAUCAUUAACACCAUGAGCUUUUCAGACAAUUUCCUCAAUCUAAUGGCAGCAUCUCACAUGUUUUGGGAUUUAGUAUCUCCUUUCAUUUAAAUUUCUAUCAAAUACAGCGAAAACAUGCCAUUACUGUGACUUUAACUGCAAACGUUUUGUGUUUCUGAUAUUUGCAAAGUUUGGCUAAAAAUCCCUGCAUAUUUGACUGGAGAGUUGCAGUUUCCUUCUUUUGAGCAAGACAAUGCAUAUGGUUACAAUACAAUUUAAAGAGCAGUCACCAUGUUCAUGUUGUGAGCAUUCCUUCUCGCUGUAACACUUUACUGAGUAACCAAGUUGUCAACAACUUUGCUGUUGUGUACAGGCGUGUGCUCUGAUAUUGUAAUUUGAAAAUAUUAUCAUCAAAUAAUUUUAUGUAACAAUCCUAUAAAGCAGAGUUUUAAUUGUGUGAAUAUUCAAAUAUGAAGAAGCACUUGUGUUACUUUUUGGAGAUGCUCAUAUGAUGAUGGCACUGCCACUGUUUUCUGGCAGCAUAAUAUGAAUGUCUGUUAUGUGAUUUGCACAAAGUGGCUAAUACAUCGGUGCACUUCUUCUGUUAA